CUCCUCAUUUACGUUCAAUAUUUUGCUUUGUCACAGACUUUUUUUUUUUAAUUUUUUUUAGUGGACGCGAGGAUUGUGGAGCUUGUAGGCGGUAUCGCUAUCCGGCGAAAGACUACAAUAAGACUACAAUUCCCAAAGUAUGUGCUGUUCAUGGCGUCUGGUGAAGGGCUAAAGACAAGUCGCCUUCUGACAAACAGAUAGGCCCGUGAUUUUAACGGUAUUGUUGUUGUUGUUGUUGUUGUUGUGCUGUCUCCGAGUGACACGAUGGAGAUGGAGAGUGUCCGCUUGGAAGAUGAAAGGCGCCUGACCCAGCUGAGGUUUGACGCCGCCGUGAAAGUGAUCAAGAGUUUACCCCCGAAUGGUCCCUUUCAACCCUCCAAUGACAUGAUGCUCAAGUUCUACAGCUACUAUAAACAAGCCACUGUGGGCCAGUGCAACAUACCCCGACCUGGCUUUUGGGAUGCGGUUGGAAAAGCUAAAUGGGAUGCCUGGAAUUCUCUUGGAGAUAUGUCAAAAGAAGAAGCAAUGGCAGCCUAUGUUGAUGAAAUGAAACUGAUCCUGGAGGGGAUGCCCAUUACUGACGAGGUGGAGGAGCUGUUGAAGGUCCUCGGCCCGUUCUACGAGCUGGUCGACGAAAAGAAAAAGAUCACGCAGAUCUCAGACCUGAGCACAGCCCGUUUGACUCAGUUUGCUAGGCAACUGGAAGGGUUUGGUACGAUGAUGAAUUCACUGGGAUCGAAUAAUGUUGCAAAGAGCAUUAUUAGAAACAUGGAAAUGAAUGGCACUCUGGAGACUCGGCCUGCCAGGCUUAAACAAAAGGAAGUGAGGUCAGAGGAAGAAACGCUGCAGGAUGAGGAGGAGGAGGAGCAGCAGGAGGAGGAUGAGGAGGAGGAAGAAGAAGAGGAGGAAGUGGUAAUAAGGGAGGUCAGAAAAGACAAAAAAUCUGCACCAUCACAACCAAAGAGAAAAACUUUAACUCGUAAACAAAAAGCACCACUGUCAAAUGGUAAAGUCACUAACGGGGUCACCCAUCUGACCAAUGGCAGUCAUUCCAGAGCUGCUCUGAAUAGUGACGAGUCCCAGGAGGGUUCAGUCGGUGAGCCUCUGCUCAAUGGACACAAUCCAGAUCCAAGUGUAACUGUGCUUGCACCCAAUCACCUGGCUAGUGACUCCGACAGCGAGGUGUACUGUGAUUCUGUGGACCAGUUUGGUCAGGAAGAGAACUCAGAACAUAACCGUUCUCUGGAUGAUCUGGAUGAAGAGGGGAACCACCUUCAGCCACCUCAAGAGGACACACGGGACACUCAGGAGGAUGCACAGGGCCUGUCACAGGUCGUCAGAUGUGGAGGAGAAGAUGGCGAGGCAGGUGGGGCAAUGUCGCAGAGGCUGAAUGUGGACAUGCCCGGUGGCUCUUCAGCCAGAAGAGGACGAGGCUCCAGGUCUCCAGGCCUCCCCUCUGGAUCUCAGAUGCCCGUUCACAGCGCUGGAGAUGGAGAUGGGGGCCGCUGGGGAGUUGCAGGGACACCGGGUGGGAACCUGAAUGAGCAGAUCGUCAUGGCUCUGGCCAGACUGCAGGAAGACAUGCAGAGCGUCCUGGAGAGGCUGCACACCCUCGAGGCUCUAACCGCAAGCCAGGCAAGAUCCAUGGCUCUGUCUCCUACUUACGCAUCACCCCCAGUGAAUAACAGGAGUCAGAAACCGUCCUGGUGGCCUUUUGACAUUUCACCAACCAGUUUGGCCUUUGCUCUUAUAUGGCCAUUUGUGGUACAGUGGCUUAUCCGCUUAUACUUGCAGAGGAGGAGAAGACGGAUCAAUUGAACCCGGUGACACCUAAAUGCCUGUGGGCAUAACUACAAUAAUAGGUCCCCUAAUUGUUGCGGUUGGGUUACUAAUGGCUGUAACUCUCCUCCCCUGCUUAGACCCACAGCCCGGUAAUUUGCUUUUGCACUAUAAAGAAGGGCCCUAGUUUAACGAAAGAAAGGAAGCUGUCUCUCAGAUGUGUUGCCGUGUGAACGUGGAGUCGCAAAGGAUGGGCUUGCUGUCUGUGAUUAUCCAACUGUUUCAAGAUGAAUCUACUGUACUGGAAUUUUUUUUCUCUGUAAGAGGUGGGCAGAGUCCAGCUAUAGCGUAGCUACUCAAUUGUUUCCAUAACUGAGGUUUUAUUGCACAAAAAAUGGGCAUUUUCAGCAUAAUGCUUGAUUUGAUGUUAUUAGAAAUGUCCACAAUUUACUUUGAUUAGUUGCCCAGGUAAUGCUGCUAUAGGAAAAUGUUGUAAUUACUGUAGUAGUGAGGAUUGAAUGUAUUAAUGUACUGAGAUGUGAUUUCUUUUAAAUUCUAAGUUAAUAUUUAUUGCUUGUAGUGACAGUUGCAAUGAAGACCAUGCUGGCCAGCUUUCAGCUGUAUAGGUGAGGUUUCUGUUUAAAGUGACUGUUAAAUGUUUGUGUGUAGGUCAGACCAGGUUCAGGAUGUGGUCUCAUCAACGGUUUUACCGCAUAUCAGUAGGCGCGUCACUUCAGGUUGGUCUUAAGAUUUCAUUUCAGUUUUCCAAAUAGAAGAAGUGCCUCAGCAUUACAAGUUAUUUCAUACUGUAGGCAUUAUGACUUCUUACAUUCUCAUAUUGUAGCAUAAAACUUGCAUUUCUGGACCAAAUUUAACCUAAUCGUUCUACUUGGUGAGCCAUGAAUCAGCGGAAAUCUUCCACUCUGAUAUCAGAUAACUAAUGCAUAACCUUUAUCACAAUCUGUGUUGUUUAUGCUGUUUUGUUUUCUAUGUUGUAUCAUUUUAACGUGUGAAGAAUUUUGAUGGAAUGAUAGUAAUCGUGAGUUGUUUGCAAAGCUACGAGCUCCAUACAAAUUGUAUACAAUAGCUGUACAGUCCAGAUCAAAAUGCAAUAUUUUAAUUGCAUCUCUGUGUAAUAUAAUAUAGACUAUGAUGGCAUAUUUACAAAAAAAAAGCGAUAGUUUACCUUUCUACUGAAAUAUACUAAGGCUUUCUCACCCUCUCUGCCUGUGGAUAGAGUGGUGUUUGCAUGUGAUAAUCUCAGCCUGAAAUAAAGUUUUCACAAAG